CAAACCCAAAAGACCACUAAGAUAAGCUUGAAAUGCACAAAAGCAUACAAAGAGAGCAUCCAAAACACAGGAGCUAAAAGAAUUGGUGGCAUCUGGAGAUUUUUUCAAAGGAGAAGCAUCUUCUAAUGGGUCUCUGGAUAUAUGCUCUGCAGCCAGCACAAGUUGUAGAUCAGGUUAUGAGGGCAAUUAGGGGAAUCCAUAGAAAGGUAAAAAUUACAAAGCGAAAAAGAGGCAGCCUGUACGUGAACAGUGUUUUUUCCUCUCUCCAGAUUGUCCAAAAAACCAAAGAGAAGGCGAGAUCUAUUAAAUUGAUGAGUUUUCUUCAAAUUUGAGUUUGAGACGCCACUGAUGUUCCCGUUUUGAAUAGAGUAUAGUGUAUAGAUCCCACACACCCACUUCACAACCCCCCCCCCUCCCCACCACCACAUGCCCACUGACAUACGCGCACACACACAUAUAUAUAUAUCAGACACACAUACACAAAUAUAUCUGUAUAUAUCUGCAAAUUCGAAGCUUUUCACGCUAUCCAAUUCCAAAUCCAAAUCCAGAGACCUCCUCUAUUUUCUCCAUGGUGAUACAGCUCUUCUCAAAGUCACUAACUACCACUGACGUCCGCAGGAGGCUAGCCAUCCCCACCAGGAUUGUGAACUCCUUGUUACCCAACGGAGGCGACCACGCGGUGGAGUUGCACGUGUGGCAUGGGACUACCGAAUGGCGAAUUAUGUGCACAACUCGCAAAGAAGGCUAUAAAAAGCCUGUAUUUUCCAGAGGGUGGAGACACUUUGCUCUUGAAAACAAACUAAAAGUGGGCGACGUUGUGACCCUUUACAAGGAAGAACAUGAAGCAGGGCAUUUGUACUACAGGAUUGAAGUGAAGAGAGCAGAUGAGCCAUCUUUUAAGCAUUCCGUGGCCACCGCUGGCAAUUUACUGAUCGGUAACUCCGAUGAAGCUUCUUGUAAAUCACAUCGCAGGUUUGAAGAUGGUGUAGUCAAGCAAUUUGAUUUUACAGAUGAGAAAGUAGAAAAGAGCUCUUUCAAGCUAUUUGGGAUUCAUGUUGUUGAGAAUCAGCCUCGGGUGGACGCCUCCUCCUAUGAAGCUCCUGCUGGAAAAAGUAGAGCUUAGGGCCAAGGAAGAGAAAGAAGACUACAAGAGUUGAUCAAAUUAUUGACAAAAAAGCAUUUUCUCACCUAUAUAAUUGGGGUUCAAAUUUUCAUUCCCCCCCUCCACCCUUUCUUGUAAAGGUUUCUUUCAACCAAUUAACCUCGUCUAAAAAAAAAAAAAAAACACCCCUUGAAUCAACCCAAUUGGACCAU